AUGUUUAAAGUAUCAUGUAUUGUAUUUUAUUUGUUUCUCUUCCCCCUCCAGUUAUGUAACGGAAGGAGAACACUGGACAUACAGUCCGAAUAUGGGUGGAGUGGUUUAAUUAGGGAGAAUUCAAAUUUAAGGAAAGGUUUUCUAAUUAAUGAUUUAUACGUGGAUGGGUGGAGUCCCAUUGUGGGCGUCGACAUGGAAGGAGAAACAGACUCAUCAUCAGAAAUUGAUACAAGUGUAGACGCUCUGAUGGGUAAUGAUACAGGGCAAAGCCAAUAUGGGGGUGAAAUUACGAAAUGGGAUUUUCUUCAAAGUUUUGGUGACAUAAAAAAGGAGGCACUCUUCCAUAGAGCAACCCAACGGGAGAAUAGUACCCCUCCUUUUCCUGGUCAGAUUGACCAUUCUAAUUACAAGAAGGACGAGGCACGAAAUUUAAAAAGACAAAAUAAAGAACAACAGGGACAAAAUACGAGCAAAGGGAAUUCUCUACUUAGGUGUGAAGUUCAUUCAGGCUGUGCUUGGCGUGGAAGCCACUGGUGCCGAUGUGUGUAUGGUAAUUAUGUGGUUCAUUCUGAUGGUCCAUACGGAGGAAGGAAGAAUCAGAGCAGGCGUGAGAAAGUGUCAACCGUUCGUGUUACCAUCCCUGUACCUUUGUAUCAUCCUAGGGUUAUUCAUCAAGGAAGAAAUUGUCCCCCAAAAGAUGGCUUUAACGAAAAUAAGUACCUAGACGGAGCCCAUAAUUUGUUGCAAUUCCUAGUGGAGGGAAAUUCUAGAAAAAAACAGAAAGCCAAUAAACUUGCCUCUUGUGAGCGGAAUGUGGAAGAGUUAAGUGAAAACUUUUUUAAAAAAUUAAUAAAUGAAAAGAGGAAACGGGAGACAAGUGAAAACCACGAGGAGGAAGAGGAGGAGAAAGACGAGUCCUUUACGAAUGAAGAUGAAUACAAUUUAAGUGAGAACGACGGUGGUGAUGAAACGCGAAGAAGUAAAAAGAGGACUACCAAGCGCAACACUAACUCUAAUUGGGAACCAGGCGAAAAUAAAUGUAGCCAGAAAAAAAGUUUAGGACACAGAAAAAAAGUACCCAGCGAUAUUGCGACACCCAGAUUCAGUAUCAGAUGCUACAACAACAUUCAAAAAAUAAAAAAAAAAACGACCAAAAUAUUGAAAAAUAUGCUCCAUGCCUUGAUGUUCGACCCUGAUUAUAAGGGCAUCCUAGUCUACUUAACGACGGACGCGGCGGAUCUGAUAAUGAAUCAGUAG